UUUUGGGAGUUGGAUGGGUUGGAUGCUAAUUCAUCCUUGACCACUCUUGAUGGACUUCUUUACAACCGGGGCAUGGUUGUAAAGAAGCCUUCAUCGUUGAGAGCUCAAGGUGAAUUAUCCUCUCAACCCAAUGAGUAUACUUACAACAAUAUUCUCCAG